AGCAUUCCAAGGAGUAAUAGAGAGCAAAUGCCGCAGGAUCGUCUAUCUUCACUCUGGCUAUCUUAGAUCUCCGAUUGCAUUGAAUUUUUUUGAUCUCCAGAGCCCAUCUCUAAUCAGGUAUAGAGAUGGGUUUGGAGGAACAAGGAAGGGCGAGAGAAGACACACCUCUUCUUGGUAAAGGAAGACCAUUGUCGAGCAAGUUCAAGACUUUCGCUAAUGUCUUCAUUGCUAUCGUUGGUGCUGGUGUCCUUGGUCUUCCUUACGCCUUCAAACGAACCGGAUGGCUCAUGGGUUUGCUUACGCUCUUUUCCGUCGCUGCUUUGAUCAACCAUUGCAUGAUGCUUCUUGUUCAUAUCCGUCGCAAGCUUGGUGUCUCCAAUAUCGGAUCUUUUGGGGACCUUGGUUUCGCUGCCUGCGGCAAUCUCGGGAGGUUCGUCGUCGACAUUCUUAUUAUUUUGUCUCAGGCUGGGUUUUGUGUUGGAUACCUUAUCUUCAUCGGUAAUACUUUAGCUAAUCUCUCUAAGCCAACCAAGAGUACGACUUUGAUGAGUCUGAGGCAUUUAAUGGGUGUGUCUCCUAAGAGUCUCUACAUAUGGGGAUGUUUUCCGUUUCAGCUGGGUUUGAAUUCUAUUAAGACACUCACUCACUUGGCUCCUCUGAGCAUAUUUGCUGAUGUGGUCGAUUUGGGUGCAAUGGCGGUGGUGAUUGUGGAGGACAUCAAGAUUACGGUGGUGCAAAGGCCUCAAGUUGUCGCCUUUGGUGGCAUGUCUGUGUUCUUCUAUGGUAUGGGAGUGGCUGUUUACGCCUUUGAAGGGGUUGGAAUGGUUUUGCCUCUUGAAUCCGAGACUAAGGAUAAGGACAAGUUUGGCAAAGUGUUGGCACUCAGCAUGCUAUUCAUUGCAGUGAUGUAUGGAUCUUUUGGUGUGUUAGGCUACAUGGCUUUUGGGGAUGAUACAAUGGAUAUAAUCACAGCUAACUUAGGGGCAGGAGUGGUGAGCAGUCUUGUGCAGCUGGGGCUCUGUAUCAACCUUUUCUUCACCUUUCCCUUGAUGAUGAACCCUGUGUUUGAGAUUGUGGAGAGACGUUUCUGGAGUGGAAUGUACUGCGUCUGGCUCAGAUGGCUGCUCGUCUUGGCAGUGACUUUGGUGGCUCUCUUGGUGCCAAACUUUGCUGAUUUUUUGUCAUUGGUUGGCAGCAGCGUCUGUUGUGCGUUGGGCUUUGUGUUGCCUUCUUUGUUUCAUCUGAUGGUCUUCAAAGACGAAAUGGAGUGGAAGCAACGAGCUUUAGACGUGGGGAUCCUGCUGCUGGGUGUCAUUCUUGGUGUCUCAGGUACUUGGAGUUCUCUGACUGAGAUCUUCCAAGAGUAGGUAGGUGAAAGAAAUUGGACACAUUGUUUCUUUUGUUGGAAUUAAGGGGAAUGUUAUAGGCCGUUGCAGCAACCUUUGUAUGCAACACCUCCAUGUGUCAUCUCCUAAAGUCAAGAAAACAUUAAAAAAACAAGGAAACUAGCAAAAUGAGAACAAACUUGUACCAAUUUUCAGAUGUUCAGAAAAUAUUCAACUCACUUCGGCUGCUAUUCUUUGAAUCCAGUUUUCAGUUAUAAGCUUUAACCUAUGUAAUAAAUGGCUCCACAACAAAAUGCAAAACGAAAUAUUCAUAGUAUCUCAAAAUAGUUUUUUUUGGUGACUUCUAAAAUCACACAACUUUCAGAAGAAGAAUAACGAAACAUA